AUGGUAACUCCUUCUGAUUUGAUGAAGCGCGUGGGCGAGAGCGGAAAGCUGGUGCCGUUCUUCAAAGCUGUAGGUGUUUAUUUCACCGUGGGUUGCGCCGCACCGUCGGCGUCCGCGGCGGCGCUGAAGUGCGCGCCCGUGAUGUGCCUGCUAGCGUGCGUGGCGACGACGCGGCGCGGGGCGCACGGGAGGCGGGUGGCGGCCGGGCUGGCGCUGUCGGCGGCCGGCGACGCGCUGCUCGUGUGGCCGCAUCUGUUCGUGGCCGGAAUGGCGGCGUUCGCGGCCGCCCACCUCGCCUACAUAUCCGCUUUCGGGCUGCGCCCGCUGCGUGCGCGCGGCGCCCUUUUGGCCUACGCCGCCACGGCGUUAUACCUGCGCGCACUGGCACCGCCGCCGCCUCUGCGCGCUCUCGUCCCGGCCUACGCGGCGCUCCUGGCCACGAUGGCGUGGCGUGGCGCGGCCACUCCGGGCCCACAGCGCUACGGUGCGCUGCUGUUCCUCCUCUCCGACGCCAUCCUCGGGUACGGCCUGUUCGGCGGGUCGGUGCCCUACGAGAAGGUGCUGGUGAUGACGAGCUACUACUCGGGGCAACUGGGCAUCGCCCUGAGCGCUCUGCGGCGGCCUCCCGGCGCACGGCACUAG